GCUACCAGGGGGUAGCCAUGAGCCUAUUGCGAUCAUCGGAAUGGCGAGUAACGUGGAGAAAAGGCUGUCGAUUGCCUGGAGAAUCAUACUCGCCGCCCGAACUCUGGGACAACUUGCUGAGAGAUGGAAAAUCCGCAUGGUCAGAAUUGCCCAAAAACCGGUUCAAUCUGGAUGCUUGGUACCACCCCAGCAGCAGCAGACCAGGCAGUGUACAUACUCGUGGAGGAUACUUCCUAAGCCACGAUGAACAUCUGCGCCAAUUCGAUACUUCCUUCUUCGGGAUCUCACCUCUCGAAGCCUCUGCAAUGGAUCCACAACAGCGCAAACUACUCGAAGUCGUAUAUGAGAGCUUUGAGAAUGCUGGUGCUACCCUCAAAGAGCUUUCGGGUUCUAAGACAUCAUGCUUCGUCGGUUGUUUCACUAAUGACAUGCGUUCUAUGGUUUACAGAGACCCCGAAUAUGGAGCACCUUACGAGAUGACCGGCAGCGAUAUGACUAUAUUAAGUAACAGGAUCAACUACGUUUUCGAUCUUAAAGGACCGAGCAUGACGGUCGACACUGCAUGUUCAUCUUCGUUAUACGCUCUUCACCUUGCCUGCCAGAGUCUUAUCUCAGGAGAAUCAGAUGGCGCAGUCGUCGGGGGCUCGAAUAUCAUAAAUGAUAUUGGGCAGCACAUCGCUAGUGUACGGCUUGGAGUUCUGUCUCCAACAUCGACUUGCCACACUUUUGACGAGCGUGCGGAUGGGUUUGGCCGAGGCGAAGGCGUAUGUGCCAUCUACAUUAAAACACUCUCAGCCGCCAUAGCGAACAAUGAUCCAAUACGCGCAGUAAUCCGAGCCACGGCUGUGAACAGUAACGGAAAAGGUCAGGGUAUUAAUCACCCUAGCUCAGAGGAUCAAGAAACCGUCAUUCGCGAUGCAUAUGCCAAAGCAAAUCUGAGACCCGAGGACACGGGUUGCUUUGAGUGUCACGGUACCGGGACCCCAGUUGGCGAUCCAAUCGAAGUACUAGCGGCUGGAAAUGUUUUCGCUUCUGGUCGCACACCUGAUAAUCACCUUCUCCUCAGUUCCAUCAAGACCAACAUAGGACAUACCGAAGGCGCAAGCGGUCUUGCAAGCGUCAUUAAAGCAGUAUUGAGCAUCGAAAACAGUCUCAUACCGGCAACAGUUGGAGUGGAAAGGCUCAAUCCAGCUAUCGAUUUCAGGGAUGGACGUCUUAAGGUUGUCAGAGCCACAAUACCAUGGCCAGGAAAGUUGGUCAAACGUGUGAGCAUCAACUCUUUUGGUUAUGGAGGUUCGAACGCACACUGCAUUGUUGAAUGUCCUCGCGUACUUCUGGGUCUUAAGGACGGUCGCGCGAUAUCGCAGACCAGCUCAAAUGUGGUUCUUGACACUGUGAAUGCAUGCGAGAUGGCUGGUAACACUACCUUUCAAGUACAGCGAACUCCUCAAAAGUAUCUGUUCGCAUUUUCAGCUCAUGAUCAGCACUCCCUUGACAGAAAUAUCGACGCACUGUCAGUCGUAGCUGACAAGUACCUUGCAGUAGAUGUCGCCUACACCCUGGCUCGGAAAAGGUCAAAACAUCGUUGCACAGCGUUUACGACCGCAACUGAAUCAGACAUCAAAUCACAGCUUAUCCCACAGAGAGUACAACGUCCUUCUGUGAUGGUUUCUGGACCUCUGGUCAUAGCAUUCGUCUUUACUGGACAAGGUGCCCAGUGGCCAGGUAUGGGUUAUGGAUUGGUUCAACAGUAUCCGAUCGUACGCGAAACCAUGUCGACUCUCCAGUCUGCAUUGGACGCACUUCCCAUGCCGCCUGACUGGGGACUAGUUGAAGAACUUUCCAAGCCAGCUGGACACAGUCGUAUGCACGAGACAGCCCUUGUCCAGCCUCUGAGUACAGCGUUGCAAAUUGCUAUGACAGUGCUGCUUCAGUCUUGGGGCAUACGUGCCAAAGCUGUCGUCGGGCACAGUUCCGGCGAAGUAGCAGCAGCAUUCGCAGCAGGGUUGCUUACAGCUUCCGAAGCCAUCUCAAUUGCUUAUUAUCGUGGCAUAGCGGUCAGCAAGCAUGGUAAGCCAGGAGCAAUGAUGGCUGUUGGACUUGGUCCAGGAGAAGUCUUGCCUUAUAUUAACGAUCAGCCUGGUAUUGUCAUUGCCUGUCGAAACUCUCCACAGAGCGUAACUCUUAGUGGUGAAGCAGCUGCGAUUGAUAUAGUUCACGAACGUCUUUCUAAGGCCGGGGUCUUCUCACGUAUCCUGAAUACUUCACAGAACGCUUAUCAUUCGCACCUUGUCAAAGAAGCAGGCCAGUAUUAUGAAGACUCGUUCAAGUCUUUACUCGUGGCUUCUAAGUCGGUGGUGGAGACAUCCAACAUCCCGAUGUACUCAUGCAUCAAUGGCAAGGUGCUCGAUCGCCCAGAUGAUGUUCGUAUUGCUUACUGGAGGGAGAAUCUGGAGAACCCAGUGAAUUUUACGCAAGCUUUGUCAGCUUUGAUCGAGGCCCAACCUACUGUCAACUGUCUGAUAGAAGUAGGAAUGCAUUGUGCGCUCGCUGGCCCAAUCAAACAGAUUCGAUCUUCCCUAGGCAUAAAGCCGGAACAACUUUGUUAUCUGCCUAGCAUCGUACGUGGUGAAGACAACGUUGAAAACGUCCUCAAACUUGCUGGAGAGCUCUGGGCUGCUGAUUAUCCAGUCGAUCUGACAGCUAUCAAUGGACCUGGGUGCUUUGUACCGGAGUUUCCCACAUACAAAUGGAACUACGAGGAGGGUAUUUUGUGGACAGAGAAUAGGUUGAGCCGACAAGUACGAUUCCGAAGACAUGCACGCCAUGAUUUGCUAGGCACCAUUGUUGUGCCAUCCUCCGCGCUCAAUUUAACAUGGCGCAACAGGCUGAGAAUCAAGGAUGUGCCAUGGCUUUCUGAUCACCGCAUCGGAACAGACGUGAUCUUCCCAGCAGCUGGGUACUGUGCCCUGGCAAUCGAAGCGGUGAUACAAUUCGCAGAAUCUCUGGAGACAGUGGUUGAAGGUUUUACAAUUCAGCAUUUAGCCAUCAAAGCACCUCUUGUCCUUCCAUCAGAUGGAGAGGCUGAGACUUGUUUCGACCUUCAUACUGUCCAUAGCUCAACCUCGCAAGCCGAUCGAAAAAUUUUCGAGUUCAGUCUGAGCUCAGUCAGCGCGGAUGAUAGAUGGACCGAGCACGCUUUUGGAAAGAUCUCUCUGCAUCGAUCGAAUGAAGUGCCAAGCACUCAGAAUGGAAGUGUCAAAGAUAUCUCAUGGGCCAAGAACGUGGGAAAGAACGAUGACGAAUGGUACAGAGCGCUUUCCGAAAUUGGACUGCGAUAUGGCCCCACCUUUCGUCCACUGAAGAACAUCCAACCUGAUGGAAAGGAAGCUGCGACUGCCCACAUUAGUCUGCAACCGAGUCAAGGGACUAUGAUUGAGGAGUCCCGCUACGCGAUUCAUCCUGCAACUCUUGACGGCUGCAUACAACUCUCAGUCAUCGCAGCUUGCAAAGGCGAUGUCAAAGGUAUUUCGAAGGCAUAUCUGCCAACGAGUAUUGAGAAUUUGACGAUCUGGCGAAACUCGGACUUGCAUUGCCUGCCGACUCAAGGCCUUCUCUUAAGCAACGGCUCUUGCUAUGGCAUGCGUUCAGUCCGAGGAUCGUCAGAGCUUACAACUCUGGAAGGACGACCCCUCGUGCAGAUGACAGUGGCCCUACUGUCUUUAGAAGGAGAUUUUGCCAACAGAAAAGUCGAACAAAUUCGCGAACCAUUCACAAGACUUAUUUGGCAACCUGUCGCGGACGACAUUGGAGUUCAAAUUUCCCUCGACCCUUCACAAUAUAUCGCUGAUAAUCCCGAUGCACAAAAACCAAAGCUCUGGCUGGUCUACAAGACUUGUCCUCAUCCUCUUCUCAAUGCGAUCGAGGCCUGUGCGAAAGACUUCGAUAUAGAUACUGAAAGUGUCUCNUUUUCCGGGGUUGAAGCAAGAAUCUCCAAAGGCUCUCGAAUCCUGAUGUUGGCUGAACUAGAGGAUCCGAUACUCAUCAAUAUGACCAUCGAAGAGAUGGACGUGAUAAAAACCAUGUUCAGUCGAGCAUCAACUAUACUGUGGAUUACUCCCGGAGGACUACUCAGAGGCAAGAAACCUGCAUACUCGUUGCUUCCAGGCAUAAUAAAGUCCAUCACGAAAGCGCGACCUUCUCUUCGACUAUCGAGUAUCGACCUCGACCCUGAUGAUAUUGACAUUAUGGCCUCGGCCAGACAUAUCAUUCUGCAUGAGAUGCGUCUUCACAAAGAUGAGGACCACACCCUUGACGAUCAACUCAUCAUUUCCGGUGGUGUCGUAUAUGCAAGUCGUUACGUACUUGACGAACACGCAAACCAUGGAUUUAUGCGUCAGCUCAAGCCUAACCCACAGCUGUACCAGAUCAAGGACAAUCUGGAAUUGGCUUUCAAGCAAGUGGGUCGUAUCGAGAGCUUUUACUUCAGAGAGAAGUCUGUGGUCCCGGUUCUCGGAUCUAACAAGGUCAAGAUCAGACCGAUCGCUUACGCUCUUGGCCAACGUGAGGCUGCGAUACUCAAAGGCGCUCAGGUUGCGGAUGACUUCAGCAAUGUAUUUGUUGCCGUAGUAGAACAUUCUGGAUCACAAGCCGGAGCGUUCAAAGCAGGCGAUCGUGUCAUCUGUUGCUCUCCGAGCAGGUUUGACAGCUCUUUAGUUGUGAGCGAGACCGCAUGCGAAUUGCUGCAUCUUGGAGAAGACACUGGAGACAUGAUGAUCUCACUGCUGCCUUAUUGCACAGGUCUUCACGCACUCGGACAUCUAGCUCAAGGACAAACUGUAUUGAUUCACAAUUUACCGGAAGUUCUAGCGCUGGCUGCAGCACACUUGUCACAAGCACAUGGGUUGACAGUCAUCUUGACGUACGAUUCCGAAACUGACAUGGCAAUAUUCCAGCAAAGGUUCCCAGACAUCAGUGCAUACGCACAAUGCAUCACUAGCUCAGAAAUAGCAACAAAGUUGUCGGCCUUAACAACCAAUCAAGGAGUAAGCGUAGCUUUGGUCGGUCCCAAAAGUUCGGACAUCUCAGAGAUAUGGCGAUCUCUUGCAAGAGAUGGCCGUCUCACGUACAUUCUGGGGAGCUCGGAGGUGCCCAAUCUCAGCUCCUUAGAUCCUUCGGUAUUCGCAAAGGGUGUCUCGAUCACCUCUGUCGACGUAUACGACAUGCUUGCAACUCAGUCGGAGCAAAUGCAUACGCUUGUCUGUGCAGUACUGACCCUCUUGCGAGAUGGCACGCUCCCGAAAUUCCGCCCUAGCGCAACUUUUGAUGUCUCGGAACUUCCAGCUGUAGUCGCUGCGAUAUCCCAGAGCAAAGCGAUGACUGAUGUUGUCGUUACUUACGACCGUCAGAGUGUUGUUCCGAUUCAUAUACUCUACCAACAAGUUUCAUUCAGCUCAGAGUACACAUACCUACUUGUUGGAUGUCUUGGUGGGUUGGGUCGAAGUCUUGUUAGAUGGAUGUUUUCGCGAGGCGCGAGGCGCUUCGUCUUUCUUUCGAGGUCAGGAGCAGACAAAUCCGAAGCCGCACAAUUCAUCGAUGAGUUGGUAGAGCUUGGAGCCACUCCAACUGUUGUUAGAGGCGAUGUGAGCAUUCGCUCAGACGUGGAAACCGCGAUCAAGCAAGCAAAGACGCCGAUCAGGNNGGGAGUGAUGCAACUAGCAAUGGCACUGACAGCAAGUAUUUCGUUAUCUACUGUCCGUACAACUGCUGACAAUCUACACAGNAGCAAUCUAUUCGAGAACAUGACCAUAGAAGAUUGGCACAAAGUAUUGGCUCCCAAAUUUCAAGGCACGAUAAACUUACACGAAGCAUUGCUGCAAGAACCGCUAGACUUCUUCGUCAUGACAAGCUCGACACUAGGAGUUGCGGGCGCCUCUACUCAGAGUAAUUACGCUGCUGCAAAUGCAUUCUUGGACUCUAUGGCACGACACCGCUGGAGUCUAGGUCUAGAAGCAUGUUCCAUUGCUCUCGGCAUGAUCGUCGGCAUCGGACACGUAGAAGCCCAUCCCGAAGUCAAAGAAGCCUUUGAGCAAAGAAACGUGUACGGGAUCCCUGAAGACGACUUCCUGAGAAUGAUGGAGAUGGCGUGUAGACCUCGGGGCAGCAUCACACCUGCAUCUGAACAUGAUCCUUUGAGUGUUGCGCAUAUGGUCGCGGGUAUGGAACCAAGCAAGCUUGCAGCUUCUAGUGUUCUGCCAUCAUGGCUCACCGAUCCUCGGUUUGAGAAUAUCGCUGCCGCUGUCACGAAAUCUGGAAAUCAAACUUCUACACAUUCGACAAUAAGCACAGCUUCGACGCUUCGCACGGCUCUAGCCACCAACGAUGACGCCUCUGUCCGGCUAGCCCUCGAAUCCCUGAUCUUCACCCACUUCUCCAAACUCACCAUGGUGAGCGUAGAGAAACUAACGUCUUCCUCAAACCGUCCCAUGUCAGAAUUUGGAAUGGAUAGUAUGAUAGUCGCAGAACUGAAAAGUUGGGCUUGGAGGGAGUUGAAGGUUGAUGUGCCGUUCAUGAUGUUACUUGAAGGGGGCUUGACACUGAAUGGGCUUGUGGAUCUGCUGUGGAGUAGGAUGGAUUGGGGUGCUUGGAGG